CAAAGUGUCGUAAAUCCAAGAUGGCGUCUCCCCUCUCCACGAUGAAGUUCUGGAAGCCGGGGUCCGAGGCUCCGGGGAUCUCGGAGGAACGGGAGCUGAACACGGAGACCACCGGCUCCCCCAUCAUCUUCAACCCGCACACAGCCCUCUCCAUCGAGAAGCAGCGGCAGAAACUCCCCGUCUUCAAGCACAGAAACAACAUCUUAUACCUGGUGGAGAGCUUCCAGACUGUCAUCAUAGUGGGUGAGACGGGAUGUGGGAAGACAACGCAGUUACCUCAGUACCUGCUGGAGGCUGGCUGGGCGACAGAGGGGAAGGUUAUUGGAGUGACACAGCCUCGACGCGUGGCCGCUAUCUCUGUAGCUAACCGUGUAGCAGAGGAGCGGGGGGCCCUGGUGGGUCACGAGGUCGGCUACACCAUCCGGUUUGAUGACUGCUCUGAUCCCCAGGCCACGAGGAUCAAGUUCCUCACAGAUGGCAUGCUGGUGCGGGAGAUGAUGGCCGAUCCUCUUUUGAAAAAAUACAGUGUGUUGAUGCUGGAUGAAGCACAUGAGAGAACGCUGUAUACAGACAUAGCCAUUGGUCUACUAAAGAAGAUUCAGAAAAAGCGGCGAGACCUGAGGCUGAUUGUGGCCUCCGCUACUCUGGAUGCCAAGAAAUUCCACGACUUCUUCAACCUGAACGAGUCCGGGGAUCCCAACAAGGACACCUGUGGGAUUCUGACGGUGGAGGGACGCACCUUUCCAGUGGACGUCUUCUACACCGUCAGUCCCGUCCCAGACUACGUGAAGGCCACAGUGGAGACGGUGCUGAAGAUCCAUGAGACGGAGGAUGACGGAGACGUGCUGGCUUUUCUCACCGGGCAGGAAGAAGUGGAGAAAGUGGUGUCUCUUCUGCAGGAGCAGGCCAGGUCUCUGUCCCGAUACGGAAUGAAGAAACACCUGAGAAUUUUGCCCAUGUACUCCGGUCUACCUUUCGCCGAGCAGAUGAAGGUGUUUGAGAGGACGCCCUCAGCUGUUCGCAAGGUUGUGGUGGCCACUAACAUAGCGGAGACCUCCAUCACUAUAAACGGAGUCGUAUUCGUCAUCGACUGUGCGUUUGUGAAGCUGCGAGCGUAUAACCCUCGCACCGCCAUCGAAUCCUUGGUGGUCACGCCCAUCUCCAAGGCUUCAGCCAGCCAGAGGGCCGGGAGAGCCGGACGAAACCGACCUGGGAAAUGCUUCAGACUAUACACAGAGGAGGACUUUGAGAAACUGCCGGCCUCCACUGUGCCAGAGAUGCAGCGCACCAACUUGGCCCCCGUCAUCCUGCAGCUCAAGGCGUUAGGCAUCGACAACGUGCUGCGGUUCAGCUUCCUCUCUCCUCCUCCAGCUCAGACCAUGGUUCAGGCUCUAGAGCUGCUCUACGCUCUGGGAGGUCUGGACCACUACGGACGUUUGACCGAUCCCAUGGGCGUGCGGAUGGCAGAGUUCCCUCUCAGCCCCAUGUUUGCCAAGAUGCUCCUCGAGUCGGGCAACUUCGGCUGCUCCAAAGAGAUUGUUACCAUCGCAGCAAUGAUGCAGAUACAGAAUAUAUUUGUCGUGCCGACCAAUCAGAAGAAAGCUGCCGCCCGAGAGCACAGGAAAUUUGCAGUUGCCGAGGGAGACCACCUCACCAUGCUGAAUGUGUACGAGGCUUUCAUUAAGCACCAGAAGAGCUCCCAGUGGUGUCAGGAACACUUCCUCAAUUAUAAAGGUCUGCUGCGGGCUGUGACGGUGAGGGAGCAGCUCCGGCGUCUCAUGAACAAGUUUAAGGUGCCACGGACUUCAAGUGAAGGUGACCCUGAUGUGAUCUUGAAGUGCAUUGUUUAUGGGUUUUUCGCUAAUGCGGCCCGAAUUCAUCAUUCUGGUUCCUACCGGACUUUACGAGACGAUCGUGAGCUUCACAUCCACCCAAACUCUGUGCUGUUUGGAGAGAAACCUCCAAAAUGGGUUGUUUUCAAUGAAGUGGUGCAGACGGCGAAAUACUACAUGCGCGAUGUGACGGCUGUGGAGUCGUCCUGGUUGGUGGAGUUGGCCCCUCACUUCUACAAACAGGCCCAGCACGGCUCUCUGGCCAGUAAGAGGUCCCGGGUCCUCUGAAUCUCCCCGUCCUCUCACCGUGUUAACACCCAUCCAACCAAAAAUGGAGAAGCUCCUUCUCACAAAAUCACCACCGUGCUCCUCUCCACCUCAUUGUAUAUAACGAUGUAUUAUAUACUUAUUGUCCACCUGCACAAACCCCCUCCACGCGUACGUGGCCGUGCCAGAAUGGGAUCAGGUGGACAUAUUUUUUGACUUCAUUUGAAAGUCUCGCUGUUUAGCGGCGAUGUAGUUUAUAUGUAACGAGAGCUAGUAAAUGGUGUCCACUCAAGUAUGUCCACGUGGUAGACGUCAGUCGUACCUGUACAUAGUCGGAGCAGGCUCAGGUCCACACCUGGUUCUUGGCUUCAUUAUUUUUUUAAUCGCUAUAUUUUCCUGCUGCAUGAUAAAUAAUGGAAGACAAUGGUUUUGUGAGGAUGAAUCGGGUUAAUCUGCUUCACCCGUAGCCUGGGUGCCUUUAUGUUUUUAAACGGGUUCACUUUAUCUCCAGUUUAUUUUUGAUUUCUUAACUUUCCGCACCUUCACACAGAACGAUAAAUAUAUAUAAAUAUAUUUUCAGGGAACCUGCCGCAGACGGAAACGAAUACUGAUACUGUGAAAAUAAGACCUGCUUUACUUUUUCCGAUUCCUGGUUUUCCAUACGUAGUGGCCUUGUCACCACUUUGUGCCAAUGUUUUCUUUCUCUUUCUUUCACAUUUAAUUUUUUUUAAAGACGUAAUGUGAAAAAUACACCCAAGCAUUGUAAAAAAGAAAAAGCUGUGAAAUCAAAACUAAAGAAAAAAAAUGAAGUGCCAUUUUCAGUGGCUGAAUGCACUUUACGUCGCCAAACAACCCUGUGGCGACGUAAAGUGCUUUCAGCCACUCAUCAUUCCAGAGCCUCAAAGAAACGGUAGCAUUCAUCCGAUCAUAACCGCCAUUCCCUCUCACGGUUUGUUCUACUUUUUGUCCCGUUUCUUACCGUCCACGUCAUCUACCAGGUGUUCAGUUAAAAAGCGGCCAGGUAUUUGUGAUCUACAUUCCACAUUUCCUGCUUUCGUUUUUAUUUUUACUUCAGGUUUUUUGGUUUUGGUCCAAAGUUAUUCGGCCCCCUGAAAGCACCAGUGAGCACUGUGUUAAAGGUUUGACGUUUUGCUUUUCAAACUAAAUUUUCACUUCUGCCUGCAUGGUUAUUUUUUUCAUAGAUCUUGUUCUUGAGGUUAUUACUGUAGGUAGAUUUGAUGGAAAUCAAAACACAGAACAACACGCCACACCGUAGAUAUGUAAACCAACUCGAAUUAGACGAAUAUACAAACGAGGUACCUUUGCAUGUUAAACGGUACUCUGAUGUAGACUAUACUCUUAAGAUCACCUCGUAGGACUUAUUGCAAACUUGUUUAUCCACGUUUGUGCUGAAGCAGCUGAAGCAGUAGACCUUUGUGAUUGCUCACCGCUGAGAUAAAAAAAAAAAAAACUGUCACCUGUCAUUCCUUCCUCACAUCCUCAAAUAAAGCCUUAUUGUCAUGCA